UUUAUAUUCUCACUCUCUCUCUUCCAAGUUCUUCUAAAAGGGGUCCUUUCAGUGUACAAACUCCCUAAUUUAUAAACCUAAUUUAAUCGAUCAAUAUAGCGCAAGGGAAUUUGAUCUCCACUACCACCGAAUCUGAAAUUAGAGGAUGGAAGGAGAAGAUGAACGGCGUAAGGCUGCUGGUAGAGAUUAUCGUAAGAAGCUCUUGCAUCAUAAAGAGCUUGAAUCAAGAGUUAGAACGGCAAGGGAGACAUUAAGAGGUUCCAAGAAGGAGUAUGCUAAAACUGAAGAUGAUCUGAAGUCCCUUCAGAGUGUUGGGCAAAUUAUAGGAGAAGUUCUGCGACCUCUAGACAACGAACGCUUGAUAGUUAAAGCAAGUAGUGGCCCAAGGUACGUUGUUGGUUGCCGCAGUAAAGUAGACAAGGAAAAGCUUACAGCAGGAACAAGGGUCGUUCUUGAUAUGACAACUCUCACAAUCAUGCGUGCCCUUCCACGUGAAGUUGAUCCAGUUGUUUAUAACAUGCUUCAUGAAGAUCCUGGUAACAUUAGCUACUCAGCUGUUGGUGGAUUGUCGGAUCAGAUCCGUGAACUAAGAGAAUCUAUUGAGCUGCCACUUAUGAACCCCGAACUCUUCCUUAGGGUUGGUAUCAAGCCCCCCAAGGGUGUUCUUCUCUAUGGGCCACCUGGAACAGGCAAGACACUAUUAGCCAGAGCUAUUGCCAGUAACAUAGAUGCCAACUUUUUAAAGGUUGUCUCAAGUGCUAUAAUUGAUAAAUACAUAGGUGAAAGUGCAAGAUUAAUUCGUGAGAUGUUUAACUAUGCACGUGAUCAUCAGCCUUGCAUCAUAUUUAUGGAUGAAAUCGAUGCCAUUGGUGGUCGCCGAUUCAGCGAGGGUACCAGUGCUGAUCGUGAAAUCCAAAGAACAUUGAUGGAAUUGCUUAAUCAGCUUGAUGGGUUUGACCAACUUGGGAAGGUUAAAAUGAUUAUGGCGACGAACAGACCUGAUGUCUUGGAUCCUGCACUUCUUCGUCCAGGGCGACUUGACAGAAAGAUAGAGAUCCCAUUGCCUAAAGAACAGUCUAGGAUGGAAAUCUUGAAGAUCCAUGCUGCUGGGAUUGCCAAACAUGGCGAAAUCGACUAUGAAGCAGUUGUAAAACUGGCUGAGGGCUUUAAUGGGGCUGAUUUAAGGAAUGUCUGCACUGAAGCUGGGAUGUUUGCAAUCCGUGCUGAACGUGAUUACGUCAUUCACGAAGAUUUCAUGAAAGCGGUGCGAAAACUGAACGAAGCAAAGAAGCUCGAGUCAAGUGCACAUUACAACGCCGACUUUGGAAAAGACUAAUUGGGAGGAAGCUUCAUGCUCUUUGUUGUCUAAAUAUGAAAGCCAUGGAUGCCGGGCAGUGCACUAUAUCUCUCUUUCUUUUUGUCCCCUUCUCCUGAAUGCCCUUGAAUUAUGUAAGGAUGUGGUUGGGCUGUGUUAAGCCAAGAUUGCAAGUCAAGGUUAGUAAGUACCCUGGAGCGCUAAGAACUUCGCAUACUUGGGCUCUUCAUUGGAAGACUUAUCAGCAGUAACUUCUUCUUCUUUGUUUCCUUUUAAUAGCCGGAUGAUAUAGUACAACAACUUUUACAUUUUAAAUGACCUGUGUUGAAUAUUUAUGAUGCAUCGAGUGUGUUAUACUGCAAUGGGACAUGUUCCAUUCCAACUUGUUAAAUUGUUUGACCUUAGGUACCAUAAAUCUGUUGUCGGAUAUCCCUUUAUUAUAUGUUGAACCAGUCUAUUUUCAUUGGGACAAAGGUCAUUUACCGCGUA